GCGGAACAGGAAUGGCGAAUCUUUCAGCCUUCACCAAUACUCUAGACCAUCGAGCCCCCUCGAAAUUGCCUAUAUUCAUAACCCACGAACUACAAUGUGAUUAUCGCGGAGCAGCUUCCUUUUUGCUUUCUUUUUCUACCCGUUUUCUCAGCCCCAACGCAGCCACUCCUGGAUGACUGACACUCCACCACAAUGCGUCUCCCAUCUCGCUAAGCCAGUUAUCAACACGGUGCGUUAUCAGCCCACACACACUAGGGUCCAACAUUAUGGUCGUGGAGUGGUUCGAUACAAUCACCGGCAACGCAAUAAGGCCAGUGCUGUGCAGUAGGGCACAACGGUAUUUCAACAUGGAAUUUACAGCUGCUAUGCCGGGAAGCGAAGCUGCCUAAACAUCCUUGGCCAGUUUUCUUGUUGUAUUCUGCGUAUGGUACGCGACAUGAGCAGAAGAUCCAUGUGUGUGGUGAUGCGGGUAUCUUGGUCGUCUAGCAUCCAUUUCGCCCCAUAAUCGGAGCGGAUUCGAAUCUGGCCGCUGGUUCCAUUUGAUUUAUAUGACCUAUCCUAGCGGAAAGGUAGGAUAGCAGGAGAGGGAGCUGAUUGGUAGCCCUAUGGUGGGAUUUUGUUUCAUUAUUCUUUUCCCUUGUGGAUAAGUUACGGUAGUGUGGUUGUCCGGAUCGUUGGGAUAAAAUGGCGAAGUUGGUCCUCGGUCGUCUUACCUGCAUGAAAUGAACCCUUGACUCCGCCUUUCGAGAUCGCAGCAUGUGAGUUCUUUUGUUCUGGGAUCGCUGAUGCUUCGCAUGGUGGGUCUCAGCCCUGAUGUUUCCCUCUCUUAAACGAUUUAUAAUGUAUAUCAGCCGUUUUGCUUUUAAACAUCGCUGGAAAUGAGCGGGUGAAAAGCUACUUUUUCAAUUAGUAUUCUACUGUGCAGUAUCUGCAACUGCUACAGCUACUACAGCUACUACAGCUACUACAGCUCCAACCGCAGCAGCAGCAGCAACUGCACCAGAAACCGCACCAGCACAACUGCAGCUUCACCAAGUGAUAUUCUAUUUUGCACAAUGGGGGUCAUUCCACGACUUGCCGGAUCCACGAACGCCCCUAAUAACACCGCACGGACUCCGAAUGAGAGUUUCUAUCUUAUUUUCGCACCAGCAGACUUUACACAUCCUGCAGUACUCGACCCAGGGUAUAUUCCGGAUACGAGGGAUUCACUAUUGAAAGGGUUCGCUCUGGCGCCGUUGGUGAUUGCGAUUAUCGCCGUUGGACUAAGGAUUUAUUCUCGAUUGCGGAUACUAAAGAAGCUAGGAUGGGAUGAUUGGGCCAUUAUCCCAGCUCUGGUAAGCGAACAGAAGCAGCAACCCUAUCACUUUCGACAUAUUAUCUUCCCUCUUUGAAGCUUUCUUGCUCGCUCUUGGAGGGAGAUUCAUCUCACUGACGAAAGUCGAAUCCGUUUGGGGGAUGCAGGUAGCAUAUACAGCUUACACCGGGUUGAUCUUAUGGGGUACGUUUCUAGGGAAUCAUGAUACCCGUGAUCGAAUUCUGUGCCUGAAGUGCGACGCUGACUCUGAGCGCUGUUUUGGGCAAUAAUAGGAACUGAAAGCGCUGGUUUGGCGGAGCAUCUAUAUAACCUUACAAAUGGGCAGAUCCUCAACUGGUUCAAGGUCGGUACAUUUAAGUUUAUGAUUCUGUCCUCUCCUUCCUUCAUCUUCACACGCAUGCUCCCUAGGGCCUAUAUACAUACCCCGAAUCAUAGUACAUAUGCGGUAGAGAGAGAUAUUAACAUACAGUCACCGGCGGCACCAGGUCCAAUACCUCCUGGUAAUAGUUGCGCCAAUAACCUUCCUGCUGAUACGAUUCUCGAUCCUCCUCUUCCUGCACAGGCUCGUCGGAAAUGGCGAGCCCGGCGCCCAAAUUACUAUCAACAUCCUCCACGCGCUUAACUUCCUCUGGUACCCCGCCACUGUCCUGCCCCCCGCGCUGAUGUGCGCUCCGAGGGAGAUGCGGAUGUGGGACCUUAUGGCGGUUAUUAGGGCGCAGUGCCUCCAGCCAAAAGUUGUCGACAGCAUGCAGAUUAACUCUACGUUUAUGGUUGCACUCAGUGCUUCAUUUGAUAUUGCAUGCUUGCUGGUGCCCUUGCGCCUAGUAUGGAAGUUGAGGAUGUCGAUGAGGAAGAAGGUGGUGAUUUCCAGCCUCUUUGGGGUGGGGAUAUUGUGGGUUCUGCUUCUAGCGUUGAAUAUGAAUAGGUUGCUGAUUGUAGUAGGGCUUGUGUGUGUGGAAUUCUGAGGGCGUAUUUCAUGGCAAGGUUGAUGGAAAAGGACGGGUUCAGUUCUGAUUCCACUUGUAUAACUCCCCUUAUAUCUUCCUGUUCCAUGCAUAUAUCGGUACUCAUAUGGUUAGGGAAUAUGGUGAACCCUCUGGUUUGCGCACAUAUGGAAGCCUGCCUCGGCAUCAUCACUGCCUGCGGACCCUCUCUGAAGAUGCUCUGGAAACAACUCUAUGGCACUCCAGAACCACCAGUUGGCAAACGGCCAACCACCGGAAAAUCUAGUCUAAUCGGAGCUAAAAGAUUGUCGGAUAGAUCGAGGCAAGGUGUAGAUUCUUCCCCCUUGGGUGAGGCGGUCAUGAGCAACCCACCGCCAUAAACCUAGAUGUCGAGCCUUCUUUACGUCUUUUUUCAUACCACACCCUAAUCGGAGAACCACGCCGACGGAAUUCAAUACCCCGGCUGUGGCGGGGGGGGAGGCCACUGAGAAUACCCGAUUGGCAGGAACUUCUCAAUCGAUUCUCAGGAGGCAUUCUUAUAGGUUAUUGGGGGGAUUUCAAUUGCUAGAAUUAUCCACAAGUCUCCCAUCCUCGGGCACUUCAGGCCCCGGGGCUCUCCAAACAUGGGAUUUUUGUAUUCCAAUUUCAUAUCUAUGACGCUCGGGCCGGGACACCGUGGCACUGGAUAAUUUAGAUGAUAUAGAGGGGUAUAGGCGGGACGGAGUUAACAAAUACUCCUAGGUUGAAAUGAAAAAAGUCUUAGC